ACUAUUAUCUGUAUGACUCGACCUUCGACCAAUCAGGUCUUGAGUAUACUUAAACUCAUUUAAACAUAAACACACAAGCACAUCUUGCAUUUUGUCAGUCGACACGGGAUAGGACGAUCGUGUACCAGCUUCCUGGAUUAAAGAUGGAGAAUUCACCGAUUUUGCUGUUGGUGCUGUGUACGCUGGUAGGAGCUGGUCAACCCAGCAAAACUAUACCAGCACCCCAUAUAAACGCAUUGAACGCUCAGGACAAAGCUAUUGGUGUAUCUUGGAGCAAAGUGGAAGGUGUUUAUUCAGACGAACCAAUCAUUGGAUAUGUGGUAAAAGUGUGGGAGAUACCAGACGUGACAGCGUACAAGUACGAAAUAGUGGACGGGAAAAAGGUGUUAGUCAGUGAUAAAAAAGAACCGAAGGUGGACCCAAAAAAGAUACCUAAUUCCAUACCACGCGAGAUCAAAGUAGAUGGCGCUGAUGUGACUGCUGUUGACGUGGAUAACGUGAAAGAUGAUGUACUAUACCACAUCAGGGUACAAGCCUUCACCAAGACAGAGAAAGGGGCACUAUCAGACGCUGCCACAAUCAAGCUUAUAUCUAACGAGAAUAAAAGCUAAUAUAAUUAAUUAUAUUGUGUAAACAUUAUAAUAUUAUUAUUAUAUUCACUAUUCAUAUUAUUUUGA